UAAAAAUUUCAAUUUAUAAUAAGGAUUAUCAAAGAAAAGAAAUUAAUAAAUAGCUUUUUAAAUAUGAAUUAAGGAGGAUAUCCAGCAAUGUAUUAACCAAUUUAGGCACAAUAUAUCUAGCAACCUUAGCCAUAGCAUUAAAUUCUUAUAUAAUAGCAACUUUAGCAAUCACAACAAGUUCCUAUCUUAAAUCAAGGCAUUCCUGGCUAUCAAUAGACCUAAAUACUAAAUCCUUAGUUUAACGAUGAUUCUAAAAAGAAGAAGACUUUGGUAGGAAAAAUGGAGGAAUUAAAAAAUGUUCCCAAUGAAAAGUAAAUGUAUGUCUUUGGUAUGGAUAUUCCUUAAACAGGAAUCACAAACUUGAAUUAGGAAGGACUGAUUCACUAAACUUUUGGAUCUCCUUUUGCAGAAAAUCCUUCUGUAAAAACAGAUGCUCUUAAUUUUUAGAUUCCUUAAUCUUAUUAAAAGCCCCAAGUUCAAUUGAAUCCAACUUUGAUAAAAAAAUUGCCUGAAGAUACUCUUUUUUACAUCUUUUACAACUAUCCUGAUGAAACGCAAUAGUUCGCUGCAGUCUAAGUUUUAUACGAAAAAGGGUGGAAAUAUAAUCACAAUAUGCUAACUUGGAUUAAAGAAAUAGAAGAAGUAGGCAAAAAUUUAUAUAAAUUUUCUUUCUUUAACUUCAAGGAAUGGAAAACCCUUAAAGCUGAUAAUAUAGAAAUGAAUUUAUAAGAAGAUUUGGUAACCUUAGCAGAUUUUGAGAAAUCAAUGACAGUCGAUUAAAAUAAGCAAAUUUGA